GAUGGCGCCGCCCGGAAGCGGUGCUGAGGUGGCUUCCGGUGCCGGCUGUUCGCAAUGGCGGCGACGCGGCUGGAGCUGAAUCUGAUCCGGCUGCUGAGCCGGUGCGAGGCGCUGGCGGCGGAGCGGCGGGAUCCCGAGGAGUGGCGGCUGGAGAAGUACGUGGCCGCCCUGGAGGACAUGCUGCGGGAGCUGAAGAAGCAGUGCAGCAAGCCUGCCCCAGAACUGCUCAAUGAAUACACACGUAAAGUAGACUUUCUAAAGGGACUUCUGGAAGCUGAAAAACUGUCUUCAUCAACUGAAAAGGCACUGGCAAAUCAGUUCUUAGCCCCUGGGCGUACUCCUACUACGAUCAAGGAGAGAACCCCAGCUUCCAAAACGGUUCAUCUGCAGACCAAGGCUCGUUGCACAGGCAAGAUGAGGAGUGAGCUGCUUGGUACAGAUCCCUUGGCUCUCAGUGAUUCUGAGGAGCUGAAUGUAAGGAAGCGGAAAGGCCUUGUGUCUGAUGAGAAGCAGUCAGCAGUGGAGCUGGAUGCUGUGUUACAGCACCAUCAAGACAUGCAGGAGAAGUUAGCGGAGGAAAUGCUGAGUUUGGCUCGCAGUCUCAAAAACAACACUUUGGCUGCUCAGAACGUGAUAAAGCAAGACAACCAGACGCUGUCCCACUCUCUCCGGAUGGCAGACCAGAACUUCGAAAAGCUGAAGGAUGAAUCUGACCGCCUUGAACAGCAUGCAAAGAAAUCAGUCAACUGGCUGUUAUGGAUGAUGUUAAUUGUCGUUUGUUUUAUAUUCAUCAGUAUGAUUCUCUUUAUCAGAAUUUUCCCCAAACUAAAAUGAAGUCAGAAGGCUCAGCUGGCGUGAUGAGUGUCAGUAAGAACAACUGCCACCUGUCCUGUCCAUGGCCUCCCCUCCCACCUUUUCUUGGUACUUUUUGGGUACUUUGUGACAUGUUUCUCCCCAGUUAAUAUCACUGCCUGUUGAGGAAAGAACCUGGUUAAAGAUAGCAGUUCAUACUGAGCUCCUAAAAGAUUCCUUAGCAGAUGGAUACACUCCUCUGUUUUUAAUGUGGUUGUGGCAAGUGUUACAACUUCUGAAAGGCAUUACUCAAUAGGGAUAUAAAUAUUGCUCCGUCAAUGUCUUAAUUCUUUUUCUUUAACAGCUUUGCUGUGCUGGGAUCUUACUGCCAACAGGAUAUUUAAUUACAAGGUUGUGUGCAUACACAGCUGUAGGGUGUAGGAAAAGAACGCUGCUAUUGAGUUGCUGUCCUGGCUUGGAUUCAGAGAGUGCCGACAGGUAAAAUUGUUCUCAGGCUCACCUUCUGCUCAGAGGAAUGUUUGGUUUUGCAGACUUGUUCAGGUUGGUGUUACUGUGGGAGGGCUGAAGUUGUGUUUGCUUCCCUUUUCAAUGCACUGAUGUUCUCCCUCA